AGAGAGAGUGUGUGCGCUCUCGCGAUCCUUCUUCGGCAUUUUCUUCUUCGUCCUCCUCUCUGUUACGCUUAUAAGCACACAUCUCUAUCGCUCUGGCUAAGAGAAUUCUCGUUUCUUCUCAACACUGAAACCAUUUUAAAUAGAGAACUCAGUUCUAUACAUCUCUGAACUCUGAAUAUAGGUAGAAGCUCUAUUUAUAUCUACUUUAAUGGAGGCGGCCACCGAUUCGCAACAACCAGCGGCGGAAUCGGAGGAGCCGAAGAACGAGAGCGAGGACGAAAUCUUGCUUUCCAAAGCACAUAACUUAAUAUUAAAGAUUACAUCUUCUCAGGCAAACCCUAACUCCAAGGUUCUUCAUGCCUUGGCUUCCAUUCUUGAGACUCAAGAGUCCAGAUACAUGGAGGAGUCAGGUCAUUCCUCUGUCACUAAUGGGCGUGCUUCUCAUAAUAUUGGAAGGCUGGGGAAUUUGGUUCGGGAGAAUGAUGAUUUCUAUGAGCUUAUAUCCUCUAAGUUUCUUGCGGAAACUAGAUACUCCACCAGCAUCCGAGCAGCUUCUGCAAGGGUACUUCUUAGCUGUUCGGCAACCUGGAUGUAUCCUCAUGUCUUUGAAGAUGCUGUUCUGGAGAACAUCAAAAGCUGGAUACUGGAUGACAAUGCCAGGUCCUUUGGAGAUGAACACAAUAGAAAGCAUGAUUCGAGAAAUGAGACACCCACAGAUUCUGAAAUGCUGAGAACAUAUGCUACUGGACUUCUUGCUUUAUGCUUAGCUGGUGGAAGUCAAGUAGUCGAAGAUGUGUUAACGUCUGGAUUAUCGGCGAAGCUCAUGCGUUAUCUUCGCACAAGGGUUCUUGGGGAAACAAGUACAAGUCAAAAAGAUGCUAGUUAUCUAACAGAAAAUAAGAAUACAUCAGGUACUUGCAUAAAAGGUAGAGAAGAAAGUAGGGGUAGGUUCCGGCAGGUAAUGGAUGCCGCUCAAUUAGAUGGUCCUAGGUUGGUAGAUGAGGGAUUGUUAGAUGAUCAAAGUGGGGAGAGGGAUCAUGAUAAAAGCACAAGUUUUAGACAAGCCCGAGGUGAGGAGUGUUCAGGUGAUGGAGGAGAGUCAAUAAAAGCUCGAGAAUAUGCAGAUGACUUACCUGAGAGGGUUGAUGUGUUUGAGGUAGAUGAGGAUGAUGUUGAACAGUUUGGUGACGAAAGAAGGCAAAAUCAUGAUUUACAUGAUGGGAAGGAAAAUUUUGGUGACAGAUUCAGUACAGGUAGAUCUGUGAGAGAUGAAGAUGCUGAAGAGAACAUCAGAGAUGAUUCAACAAGGCGCAGGGCAAACCGUGGUUGGGCAAGGAUUAGAGGAAAGGGAAGGGUUAAUGAAGGAGCUGUAGACAAUGAAAGAGCUUUGACCUCUCCAGGAUCUGGAAUACGAUUAGGAGGACAAACCCGGUGUGUUAGAGAGAGGAAUCAAAUAAGAAAUCAAGAUUUCAAAAGAGUACAUGAUGCCAAAAAGUCUUUGGGAAGAAUCAAUGCUGAUGGAUUUGUUGCAUCAACAGAGGAUAAUGACGAUCGUUUUCAAGAAUUCAAAGUUGGCACAAGGGAUAUCUCUGAUCUGGUAAAGAACGCAGUUAGAGCUGCUGAAGCCGAAGCCAGAGCAGCCAAUGCAUCUGCCGAGGCAAUGAAGGCAGCCGGUGAUGCUGCCGCUGAACUUGUGAAGAGUGCCGCUUUAGAGGAAUUUACGAGUACAAAUAAUGAAGAAGCUGCAGUUUUAGCUGCUUCAAAGGCGGCAUCUACUGUUAUAGAUGCUGCUAAUGCUACUGAGGUCUCAAGGACCUCUAGUAAUCUCGAUGAGGAUUCGAUUCGUUCAAAGGCCACAGAACCAGAAAAAGAGGAGUUAGAAGGUUCAUUUGUAUUGGAUACUGACUCUCUUGCACAGUUGAGAGAAAAGUACUGUAUUCAAUGUCUUGAGAUACUUGGAGAAUAUGUUGAAGUCCUGGGCCCUGUUCUUCAUGAGAAGGGAGUGGAUGUCUGUCUUGCACUACUGCAACGGUGUUCAAAAAAAAGAGAGACAGCAGCUGUCACAGUUCUUCUGCCUGAUGUGCUGAAGCUAAUCUGUGCUUUAGCUGCUCAUCGUAAAUUUGCUGCAUUAUUUGUUGAUCGUGGUGGAAUGCAAAAACUUCUUGCUGUCCCGAGAGUUAGUCAGACUUUCUUUGGUCUGUCAUCCUGCUUAUUUACUAUUGGUUCUCUUCAGGGAAUUAUGGAACGUGUAUGUGCUCUUCCUUCAGAUAUUGUCAACCAAGUGGUUCAGCUAGCCCUCCAGCUUCUUGAGUGUCCAGAAGAUCAAGCCAGAAAAAAUGCUGCUAUAUUUUUUGCAGCUGCAUUUGUCUUCCGGGCAAUUGUGGACUCCUUUGAUGGACAGGAUGGUUUGCAGAAAUUUCUAAACCUCUUACAUGGUGCUGCCUCGGUGAGGUCAGGCGGUAAUUCUGGGACACUGGGUCUGUCCAAUCUGGGAUCUCUUCGAACUGAUCAGUCACCUGCCGAGGUGCUGACUGCAUCCGAGAAGCAAAUAGCUUAUCACACCUGUGUUGCUCUGCGGCAAUACUUCAGGGCACACCUUCUAUUGCUUGUGGACUCCCUUCGUCCUAACAAAAAUCGAAGUGCUGCCCGACAUAUUCCCAGUGCUAGGGCUGCCUACAAGCCACUUGACAUCAGUAAUGAGGCCAUGGAUGUAGUGUUUUUGCAAACACAGCGUGAUCGGAAGCUUGGCCCCGCAUUCGUAAGAGCUCGUUGGGCUGCAGUGGACAAGUUCUUAGCCUCCAAUGGGCAUGUUAUUAUGCUGGAAUUAUGUCAAGCCCCAACUGUUGAACGGUACUUGCAUGACUUGGCUCAAUAUGCAUUGGGUGUUCUUCACAUUAUUACAUUGGCACCUUACAGCCGUAAACUGAUUGUAAAUGCCACAUUGAGCAAUGAUCGAGUUGGUAUGGCAGUUAUUUUGGAUGCGGCAAAUGGUGCUGGUUAUGUAGAUCCUGAGGUUAUUCAGCCAGCACUAAAUGUGUUGGUUAAUCUUGUUUGCCCGCCCCCUUCAAUUAGUAACAAACCGCCUGUGCUUCCACAAGGUCAGCAGUCUGUUUCAGUUCAGACCUCUAAUGGUUCUGCUGUGGAGAAUAGAGAAAGACAUGCUGAAAGAAAUGUCUUAGACCGAAAUCUUUCCUUGCCCGUUCAGAAUGAGUCCAGGGAGCGGAAUGGUGAAUCUGCUGUUGUGGAACGUGGCUUCUCAACAGUACUUAGUACACCGGGUAAUUCACAAGCAGCUGUUCCUACUGUCACUUCUUGGGUGGUGGGAGAUCGUAGGAUAUCCUUAGGUCCUGGAGCAGGUUGUGCUGGCCUUGCUGCACAGUUGGAGCAAGGAUAUCGUCAGGCAAGGGAGGCUGUUCGCACCAACAAUGGAAUAAAGGUUCUUUUGCAUCUUCUCCAUCCUCGUAUACUUACACCUCCUGCUUCUCUUGACUGUAUACGUGCUCUUGCCUGCCGAGUCCUGCUUGGUUUAGCCAGGGAUGAAUCAAUUGCACAUAUUUUGACGAAGCUUCAGGUGGGGAAAAAACUCUCAGAGCUUAUUCGAGAUUCAGGCAAUCAGACGUCUGGUUCAGAGCAGGGCAGGUGGCAAGCAGAACUUACCCAAGUAGCAAUAGAGUUGAUUGGGAUUGUGACAAAUUCUGGACGUGCAAGUACACUAGCAGCAACUGAUGCUGCUGCCCCUACUUUGAGGCGUAUAGAAAGAGCAGCUAUAGCUGCUGCGACUCCUAUUACCUACCAUUCUAGGGAGCUUUUACUACUUAUACAUGAGCACCUUCAAGCAUCUGGCUUGACAAGUACUGCUGCUUCAUUGCUAAAAGAGGCUCAUUUGACGCCUCUACCAUCUAUGGCAGCGCCACCUUCACUCCUACACCAAACUUCUGUUCAAGAAACUCCACCCACUCAAAUUCAGUGGCCAUCUGGUCGUACUCCUGGUGGGCUUCUUUCAGAUACAUCAAUACCAACAGCGCGGGAUGAGGACGCCAGCCUAAAGACUGAUUCUGUUGUGUCUUCUUCAAAGAAGAAACCCCUGGUUUUCUCACCUAGUCUCAGCUUUCAUUCAAGAAAUCAGCGUCCGUCUGAUCCACCGUCAACCAGAAAGAUUCCCAGUGUUUUGAAGAAUGAAGCCGCAGCUUCUGGCGUAUCAGAUACUUCAGUAGUGUCUGUUGAAAAAACUUGUGCGGAUACGGAACCCCAAUUUAAGACUCCACUUGUGUUACCUAUGAAACGAAAACUAACAGACUCAAGGGAUAGUGGACUUCCUUCGCCAGGGAAGCGACAUGCCUUUGGUGAGCAUGUGUUUCGGUCUCCAAUAUGCCAGACACCCCCUGUUGUCCGUAGAAGCAUUCAAACAAUGGAUUCCACUGGCUUGUCCGUCACACCAAGCUCUAGUCAGCGAGAUCAAUGUGGGCGCUCCAUUACAAGUGGUAUUGUUACUGAUAAUUGGGAUGAUGGCCAGUUCAAUAGUACCCCUUUGGGUCAGAUUACUCCCUCUUCCUCCCAGCCUGGUCUCCUUGCUGACUCACUACCUAAUAACACAGAACGAGUCACUCUAGACUCUCUUGUGGUGCAGUAUCUGAAGCACCAGCAUCGUCAAUGCCCUGCCCCGAUAACCACUUUACCGCCGCUCUCUCUUUUACACCCACAUGUGUGUCCUGAACCAAGAAGAAGUGUUGAUGCACCUGCAAAUGUGACAGCUAGGCUGAACACACGUGAAUUCAGGAACCAUUAUGGUGGAAUACAAGGAGACCGUAGGGAUCGUCAGUUUGUCUACAGCAGAUUCAGGCCAUGGCGCACUUGCCGGGAUGAUGCUUCCCUCCUGACAUGCGUUACUUUUCUGGGUGAUUCCUCACAGAUUGCAACUGGCAGCCAUUCUGGUGAGCUCAAGAUUUUUGACACCAACAGUGGUAAUGUUCUGGAGACCUCCACAAGCCACCAAUCACCGGUUUCACAUGUCCAGUCAGCCCUGUGUGGGGAUAGUCAACUAAUUCUCUCUUCAGGAACUUAUGAUGUGCGAUUGUGGGAUGCAUCGUCAGUGUCAGGAGGGCCUAUGCAUACCUUUGAGGGGCGCAAAUUGGCACGGUUCAGUAACUCAGGGACCACAUUUGCAGCCCUAUCAUCCGAGUCGUCCAGGCGUGAAGUUCUCUUGUAUGACAUCCAGACCUACAAUCUGGAAUUGAAGUUGUCUGACACCUUCACAAAUUCUUCAGGCUCAGGCAGAGGGCAUGUACAGUCCCUAAUACAUUUUAACCCAUCAGACACAAUGCUACUGUGGAAUGGAGUCUUGUGGGAUCGGCGGGGUAGCCCUAUUCAUCGUUUUGACCAGUUCACUGAUUAUGGGGGUGGUGGAUUCCACCCUGCUGGAAAUGAGGUUAUUAUAAAUUCGGAAGUAUGGGAUCUCAGAAAAUUCAAGCUUCUCCGCAGUGUACCUUCUUUGGACCAGACUGUUCUAACAUUCAACGGACGUGGGGAUGUAAUUUAUGCAAUCCUCCGGAGGAAUCUUGAAGAUAUAACAUCAGCAGUACACACCCGACGUGUCAGGCACCCCCUUUUUGCUGCAUUCCGCACUGUGGAUGCUGUUAGCUACUCAGACAUUGCCACAAUCCCGGUUGACCGCUGUGUCCUUGAUUUUGCAGCAGAGCCAACUGAUUCUUUUGUUGGUUUGGUAUCCAUGGAUGACCAUGAGGAGAUGUUUGCUUCUGCCAGGCUCUAUGAGAUAGGCCGAAGGAGGCCAACAGAUGAUGAUUCUGAUCCUGAUGAUGCUGAAACUGAGGAAGAAGAUGACGAUGAUGAUGACUCAGAAGCUGAUGAGGAUCCGAUAUUGGGAACCGACCUGGAUGGUGACAUGGACAGUGAUGGUGAUGAUAUGAGCAACGAUGAUGACGAUGAUGAGAGUAUAGACGACAUGGAUGAUGAUGAUGAUGAAGAUGGAGACUUUGCUAUUGAUGAUGUGGAUUAUGAUGGUGGCACAGGAAUUUUGGAGAUUGUAACUGAGGGUGACGAAGAGGAGGAUAGUGAGGUGGUUGGAUCUUUCAGUAGCGGGGAGGAAGGUGAUAUCGACAAUCGAUUUGGUUUCUGAUGUUAUAUUGGGAGGGGUGUUUGCCAUGCCGCCGGCUUUGUAAGAAUCCUCAUGCCAACCAAUGGGAGCACGGAAGAGGAUGGGAGCACAUUUCUUAGUUGGGGCAAGUGUCAAGAAGGAGAGAAUAGUGUUAAUGAGAAGAGAAUGUGAGAGGGCGAAUCACGCCAUGAGCAUGUGAAUCAUUUUCCCAUGUUAUAUAUAAAGUAUUCUUUGAAUGGUUUAAGGGAAUUUAUUUGAGGAAAAAUCUUUGUCACCAUAAAGCGCAAUAACCAUGGAUUUCAUUUUGUCA